ACGCUCCGCCAGCGGCUCGGGCUCCAGCUCCGCUCCGGGUCCGCUCGUGCUGCAGCGGUCGUGCCGCUGGCCCGAUUCGGCUCAGAUUCCAGGCCGGGCCCCCUCGGUGCCGCCCGCCCCGGCCGCGGUCUCGGCGCCCGCGGACCAUGCGCCGGGUACCCCCCGGGGAGCCCGGCCGGGUCGAGAGCCCGCAAAGACCAGGCUCCCGGGCCGGGGUCCCUCCCGGCCGCCCGGCCGGCGGUCCGCGCCCUGCCCUGCGCCCCGGCGCCGCGUGAGCCGGCGGGGCCAUGGAGCGCUCCCCGCCCGACGGACCGCUGAACGCGUCGGGGGCGCUGGCAAGCGAGGCGGCGGCGGCGGGCGAAGCGCGCGGCUUCUCCGCCGCCUGGACCGCGGUGCUGGCGGCGCUCAUGGCGCUGCUCAUCGUGGCCACGGUGCUGGGCAACGCGCUGGUCAUGCUCGCCUUCGUGGCCGAUUCGAGCCUCCGCACGCAGAACAACUUCUUUCUGCUCAACCUCGCCAUCUCCGACUUCCUCGUGGGGGCCUUCUGCAUCCCCCUGUACGUGCCCUACGUGCUGACUGGCCGCUGGCCCUUUGGCCGGGGCCUCUGCAAGCUGUGGCUCGUGGCGGACUACCUGCUCUGCGCCUCCUCUGUCUUCAGUAUCGUGCUCAUCAGCUAUGACCGCUUCCUGUCGGUCACCCGGGCCGUCUCCUACCGGGCCCAGCAGGGCGACACGCGGCGGGCAGUGAGGAAGAUGGUGCUGGUGUGGGUGCUGGCCUUCCUGCUCUACGGACCCGCCAUCCUCAGCUGGGAGUACCUGUCGGGGGGCAGCUCCAUCCCCGAGGGCCACUGCUACGCCGAGUUCUUCUACAACUGGUACUUCCUCAUCACGGCCUCCACCCUCGAGUUCUUCACGCCCUUCCUCAGCGUCACCUUCUUCAACCUCAGCAUCUACCUGAACAUCCAGAGACGCACCCGUGUCCGGCUGGAUGGGGCAUGCGAGGCGGCUGCCUCGGAGCUUUCCCCCGAGGCCCGGCCCUCCCCGCCGCCGGCUGCGCCCAGCUGCUGGGAUUGCUGGCAGAAGGGGUGUGGGGAGGCCGUGCCGCUGCACAGGCGCGGGGUGCGGGGCGGCGAGGCAGCCCCAGGCACGGGGGCCGAGGCUGGGGACGCAGCCCUCGGGGGUGGCAGCGGUGGAGGUGCCGCGACCUCGCCCACCUCCAGCUCUGGCAGCUCCUCGAGGGGCACCGAGCAGCCGCGCUCACUCAAGCGGGGCUCCAAGCCAUCCACAUCCUCGGCGUCCCUGGAGAAGCGCAUGAAGAUGGUGUCCCAGAGCAUCGCCCAGCGCUUCCGGCUGUCGCGGGACAAGAAGGUGGCCAAGUCGCUGGCCAUCAUCGUGAGCAUCUUUGGGCUCUGCUGGGCCCCAUACACACUCCUGAUGAUCAUCCGGGCCGCCUGCCACGGCCCCUGCGUCCCCGACUACUGGUACGAGACGUCCUUCUGGCUGCUGUGGGCCAACUCGGCCGUCAACCCUGUCCUCUACCCGCUGUGCCACUACAGCUUCCGCCGGGCCUUUACCAAGCUGCUCUGCCCGCAGAAGCUCAAGAUGCAGCCCCCCAGCUCCCUGGAGCACUGCUGGAAGUGAGCCGGCCUCCACGGGCACCUGGGAGGCAGGGGCAGAGCCCUCCACUGCCACCCCCCUCGAGGUCCUGGGUUCCCGGGCAGCCGGGCCUCGCCACCCUCCACCCGGCUGCCCCGCCGGCGUGAGCCCUGCCUUGUCUUCGGCCCACCCUAAAUGCCAUGGCAGCCUCUCAGACCGUCCGCUGGCAGUUGAUGCAGCCUGGCGGGCGGCUGGACAGGCCCCUGCUACCUGAGCCGGAAUGUGGCCACCCAAAUCCUGCUCUAGCCCGGGAGGGACAACCCAGGGGUCCCAGCCAGUCUGCCACCCCCAAGGACAGUGGGAUGGCCGGUCGUGUCCACGCUUCACACAAUCACUGCUUGGUGUCUUCCCAAAGCAAGUUCCUGGCGUGUGCGCCAGGCCUCCAGAGCCAGUGCUCCGCCCCUGCACGUGCACACGCCUGCACACCCCUGCACACCUGCCCCGUCCCAGACAAGCCCCGGCCACUGGCUUUGCUGCUGUCUGUCCCCUGCUCUAGCCUGGGACCUGGCUCCUUCAGCCCUCUUCCCUCCAACUCUCUCUGCUCCCCAAGUGCCGGGUACUCCCCAGAGACCUCGCAGCAGGUCUCCGCUUCUCCAUUCUGGGUGUUUCAGGAAGACGGAGAAGAAGAAAACACGUCCGUGAACUCACUGUUCCUUGGAUGUUUAAUGAAGAGAGACAGAACUGCUGAGGCGCUCAGGGCUGGAUUGGCAGGUGUGGGCUCCCACGCCCUCCUUCCUCGUGCUGCCGCUUCCGGCUGCACCGCGCCAGCGGCUUCUGCCCACCCCGCCCCGCAGCUCGCGGUGCUGGGCCCCGCCUGGCGGCUCUGAGAGCGGCCAGAGCCCCGGACGCCUGCUCGUCCAGCAGGCUGCCCUUCUGCUCCCUCUACUCAACCAGAGUUUUCUGGGAUUGAGGGGGACCCAGCAGCGCCCUGAGGGUCCUGGGGCUCCCAGGGGCAGCCGGGGGAGACCAGGGGCCGGGUGCCCAGCAGAGGGGCCGCUUCGCCAUAUCCCGUGCACCCGGUUGGCGCUCUGCAUGCUCCGCUCCCCGCGCACCUGCUGCACUGCCCCUGCAGACCCCGAAGUGCACAGUAAAGUGUAUGUUUUUAUUGG